AUAUUAGAAAUAGAAAAAAAAUACGCAGUAAGUGUAAUUUUCUUAUUCAUCUCAGCAGCUAGGAUGAGUGUAGUUCUUUUAUCCGUGUUUUAAGAGGGAAGUAUACCACCGUACCACGUCAUCGUUAAUAUAAAAAGAGAAAAAGCUUUUCCACUUCUAAAUAUUUUCCAUUCUCCAUGAUUUUUUACUAUGUUAUUUACACAAUGAAAAACUAGGUUAUUCUUUAUUUUCAAGAUUUACAAAACAAUUUUUUUUCCAAAAGCGAAACCUAUAAACCUAGAAAUUCUAGGCUAGAACAUAUUAUGCUGAAGCGAUCGACAUCAAAAUCAAAGUGAUUUGUUAAGAUUUAGUUAGUGGAAACCGUCUUCUCACGAAAUGGAAUUUCGUAGAAAAAUUUAUUAUUUAUUAUCUGUUACUUUGUUAGAUUCGAAAAGCUAUUCUUCCCUCUUAAGUUACAAAUUUAAAGGCAUCAAAGAGAGAAAAUGAAAAUAGAAGCACCAAGGACGUCUAGCUUAGCGGUUCGAUUGGCCUACUUGUAGUAUACAACCUAUUUUAGUGGCGCGAAGUUUGUAUAAGCUCCUGGCUUAUAUCGAGCAAUAAGAAACGUCAAAGCAAUAUUGACGUUUGCACUCUGCAUAUAUUCCAUACACAUUCCAAAAAUCUUUCGAACGAAAAAUGUUGACAAGAAGGAGUUUAUUUCGUAAAUUGGGAACUUGUAUAGUGACACAGUUGCGAUCAAGUAGUGAUGGUUGUGACCCAUGCCAAUCUAUUCCACCACCCCCGUGCCCUCCGUGCCCACCGUGCCCGCCGUGCCCGCCACCGCUUCCUCCCUUCUAUCAUUACCCCAGAACCGCAUACAAUGUCAAAUUUAUAUACGUAAACGACCAAAUACCCACCACCACUGUGAGGGAUUUCGUGGACCGAGCAUCUCAGAUAUGCUUUUUUACGGAACUGUUCAGAGGUUUUGCUGUCACCUUGGGGCACAUAUUUAAAGAGCCGGCCACGAUAAAUUACCCUUUCGAGAAGGGUCCGCUCUCCCCCCGGUUCAGAGGUGAGCAUGUUUUACGGAGAUAUCCAAGUGGGGAAGAGCGAUGCAUAGCGUGUAAGCUAUGUGAAGCUGUUUGCCCGGCGCUGGCCAUCACAAUAGACGCGGAAGAGCGCGUCGACGGCUCACGGCGCGCUACUCGCUACGACAUCGACAUGACCAAGUGCAUCUUCUGUGGAUAUUGCCAGGAGGCCUGUCCGGUUGACGCAAUCGUAGAAGGGCCCAACUUUGAAUAUUGCAAAGAAACUCAUGAAGAAUUAUUAUAUAAUAAAGAAAUGUUGCUGACCAAUGGCGACCGAUGGGAGGCAGAAGUUGCUAGCAAUAUCAGAGAUAAUCAUUUGUACCGCUAAGAAGACAAAUGCUUGUUUAAAACCAAAGAGCAUUGAUUGUAAAAGAGAGAAAAAAACGUGUCUCUUUGUUUGACAUCCAAAACAGAUGGCGCUGUACUGCGCCAUGUGUUUUUCGGUCACUGAAUUGUCAAACGUCAACUUUUGACAAUCAGAGUUACCGCAAAAUGUAUGGAGCUGUACAGCGCCGUUUCGUUUACCUGUCAAAUUCUAAGCAUGUAAUUGUCAUUUUACGCAUCUUACUCAAUCAAUGUAUCUUUGUUUAAAACAUGUUGGUUGGUUUUUUGCAUGUUUAUUAAAUUUAAUGGAGUAUUAUUUAUUUUCUUAUCCUCUCGUGCGCCAAGAAGCCUCGAAAUGGACGCUCUCCGACAAUUGGUUUGCCGCCCGAGGGGAUACGUAUUAUGAUUUAAUUAACUUUUCAAUAAUUUCUAAAAUUAAAUGCAUAAAUAUAUAAAACCGGUGAA